UGUACCAGGGGUCGAGCUGAAGUUUCUGGACCCACUUCAAGCAACAGAGACUCGAGGCAGCAGGGCACGGAUGAGCAUCGAUACCCUUCGGCGGUCGGAAUGGGUGGUCCCAAUGUUGUCAUCACGAGCCGGCAGUGGCAGUGGCGACGCUGGCGCUUCUGGCUGGGCGCCCAGCAGCGGGAGUCGUAGGGGUGCACCCCCUUACAGCCGGACCGGGAGGCGUGGGGGGCGGCCAUCCAGGGAUGAGAUGCUCAACCCGGAGGAGGAGGAGAGGAGGAUUGUUCGUCGGGAACGCAACCGGCAGGCCGCUGCCAAGUGUCGGAACCGGCGACGGGAACUCACGGACCAGCUGGAGGAGGAGACGGCCGAACUCCUUCAGCAGCAGGAGCUGAUCAAGUCCGAGGUGGACAACCUGCGCAGGGUGAAGGACCAGCUGGAGCUCGUCCUCGCGACACACGAGCCCUCGUGCAUGCUCGUGCCGUCACGGGACGACCAGAACGUUCCCUCGUCAUCCCCCUCCUACCUGGCAGCGACCGCCUCCUCGUCAAUGUCCUCGUCGUCGGCAUCUUCUGCGGCGGUGGUGGAGGCGAUGGCAGUGGCACCUUUGGCCACCGUCCCCCAAGUCCCAUCGAUAACGGUGACAUCAUCGACAUCGUCAUCGUCGCUGCUGCCACCGCCCAUCCCCUACUCCUUCGACGGGGCGUUCGCGACUCGGGCUGGCGGUGUGGCCACCACGCAACGCCAGCAGCAGCAGCUGCGACUGCCCACGUCCUACAUGGACGCGACGGCCAGCGAAUUCGCAGCCUUCCCCGACCUGCUCGAGUGCCUCAACACGCCGGUGGUGACCACCACGCCGGGCGGGGGGGGGCCCCCCUCGCUCAUGUUCACCUACCCCAGCGUGGCCGGGCCCGAGAUGCAGACGGCUACCACCACGGCCGCCUCCACCGCCACCGCCACCACCACCGGCACGUCGUGCUCGACCGCCUCCACCAGCUGCGGCUGGGCCCAGCGGCUGAGCAGCAGCAGCAGCAGCACCGACCUGGACGUGCUGCUGUCCCCCACGCUGCUGUCCCUCUGAGAAGAAGAGUGACGCGUGUGCGUGUACGUCUGUGUGCUUGCUGUCCACGUUGUGGGGAGUGGUAGCGCAGCGGUUAGCGCGCUGCGCUACGAACCCGGCGACCCGAGUUCGAUUCCCACUCACGGAUAAUCGACACCGGUGACGAUUAUCUGAACUAGUCCUGGGCCUCCUCCCCAAGGUCGACUCGGCCUCAAAUGAGGACCUGGUGCGGUGUGUAAACAACGCCACUGGGGAGACAAAGGCGGCCGGGCGUGGUGUUGGUCACCCACUCCCUUGUUUACCGUGCCGGCCUUCAUAGGUGCUCAUGAACAGCACUUGCCCCAACAGUGUGUUAAGGCUAUAGGGGGGAUCUAUACGGGGCAUUGUUGUCUUUGUUUGCCCACGUGUAUCUGUCCCGUGGCCUUAAAGUGCACAUGGCUUGGCACAAGCACUUAGUGGCAAACGGCGGUUGUUGUUGUCCACGUGGGCCAUCUUAAUUUGUGUACGAUAACAUCGACGAGGCGUACGGCGUUUGCGAGGUGUGCUCUUGGACAGCGUAAAAAAAAAUCUUGAUCGUCGUUCUUGCCAUCGUAGUUUCCGCCGUGCUGAUGGAAUUGUCGUUGUUGGCGUUUCGCUCACCGGGCUGCGGGGAGCUUCAGUAGCAAUGUGUGCGCAGGGCGUUAACGUGGUGGAGACGAUGGCAGCUUUCCAUUCGAGCUGCUUGCUCGGCUUUCGCAACAUGUUUCGUUUAGUUGUACAAGUUGGAGCGUCGUGAAAAUGUGAAUUUCCCAAAACUUUUUUAUUUCUUUCUUACAUUGGACACUUAGUUAAGACGACGCUCCUGAUAUUUCUGCCAGCGCUCGAGGUUGUUUGUUGGCGGAGUGUUGCUCUUCAGAUCCCCUGCACCGUCGUGGGGGUCCCAGCGCAGUUGCACCGCCUGCGCACUCUGUUGGGCUACGCCGCCAUUGGCGAUGAUGCCGACGGAGGGUGUGUUCGUGAUGGUGUUGCAUUUUAUUUAUUUCGGCACGUUUGUCGUUCGUGCGCUGUAUGCUGCCAGGUGCUGCUCGCGACGGUGCCUGUCGGUUUGUGUUCGAGCCUCGGUAGUUAAUCGUUUGUGCUGAGCGCGCCUGUAUUAUCUUGGACUUGCAGUUACCUGCGUGGGCUCAUGUACCUGCGUAUUUCUGGAGAGCUACCACCCGUAAUAUUUGAGUAACGGCAGCGCAAUGCCUGCAGAUAUUUUACAGAGAUUUUUAUAUUACCCCCCCCCCCUCAUCACCCCCCCCCCCCCCCCCCAGAAAAAACUACUCUAAGCCAAAGAUUUAUUGCAGCUUGUUAGUAUAUAUAUGAAAUAUAUAUGUGCACGUGAACUUUAUCAAAGAAAAUAAUAUAUUAGACUUAAGAGAGAAUAUAAAUUAUAUUUGAAAGGAAAGGAUUUUACGUAUACUAUUUUAUUAUGCUACUGGUUGGCACAUAGUGUUGAACACUAUUUGCCGCAUGCUGUGAUUACUGAAACCCGUGGAGAAAGAAAAAGGCCCUUUUGUCACGGGUUUGUCUUUAAGAGGCGACUGUCGGGACUGGCUGGAACCAUUCGCGUUAAAUGGCACAUGGCAAUUUGCCCCCCAAAGUUAUCAGUUUGGCGAAAGGUGCAGGGGAGGGGGGGGGUGGAUGCAAUAAGAUAACGAGUGAAGGGUGAACCAAACUCUUUUAAAAAAAAAAGGGGGGGGCGCUUGGUUAGAGGCUGGGAUGGGGGCAUUAAUUGGAGAUUGAUUUUAGCCGGAAACUUUGACCCGGAUAAUGCAUCCAGACCCGCAACACCAUAUCCAGUAUGAACCCCUCACUGUGGCUACGAGCUACGUGCCACCAACUCUCAAAAUCUGUUGCCAGCGACUUGGAAAAUAUUUGGUGAGAAAUUUCAGGCCUGGUCGGAGAUUCGUAAGUGUUUGGUUCACUGGUGUGGUUAGUGGAGGAGUUUCCUUCUGGAUGGCGAGUUGGGUGGCAGUAGGUACCCAGGGAUCUAGCAAAUUAUUUUGUUACUUGUCUCCUCCGCUUUAAGUAUUGUAUAGUGUUGCAUCGAACUUGGACCCAUUUCUGUCAGAGAGGGCCCUUGCUUUUUAAACAUCAGGCAGUUCACGUACCUGUCAACCCCCUUAUUAGUGCCUACCCUAUUACAGACCUUAUUGGUCACCCCGUGCCCUUAUACAUUUCAACGUUCAUCCUACAAAGUGCCAUCACGAGGGAGAAACCAAUAGACCCGUAGUUAAACGGCUGUACGCUGUAUGGACCUGAUCUCAAUUUCCCUGUACAAGAAUGAAGGUAGACCGUAUGGGUUGACAGGUAUGAGUUCACCAGCAUUUGGCUUAUUUUGCUUAUAUUAAACCAAUGCUGCUGAAAAGACGCACUCCCAACAGGGUUGUAUGGCCAAUGGGAUGUAAAAUAUAUAUACACGAAGUACUUUAAUAUUUAUUUCAUGCGGAGAGGAUAUAUGGUAAUGAGAUAUGAAACGUCUGCCCAGUUAUUUCAAAGCCUAUGUCCUGGCCAAUUUCAGUUGCCCACUCGCCCGCCUGCCCCGACGAUGACCAUUGGCCCCAAGUAUCCAUGCGAAUUGCCGUGUGAUCACGGGAGUUUCCUGUGUGCACCAACUGCCCCUACGAUAAGUGACACCGACUGUAAGCUGUUGAGCGAUGUAGCAGAUGAGUCAUUGCUAGCCCGCGUGUAGUUUACAAUUGGCUCCGAGGCCAAGGCCAGUUGACACGGUAUCGUGAUCUAUUUAAUAUAUAUUUUUGUGAGCAUAAGCUUUCGUAAGAGUGAAGACAUAUAUUUGAAGAAGAGCAUUAUUUUUGUACCACGUUAUACGGAUGUAUAGUAUUGUCUUCGUCUGAUGAAAUAAACAAUGUUAUUUGUAAAACUUUA